GCCGCGGAUCCGGCGCUAGCAGUAGGGGCUGCCGCGGAAGCCGAGUGCCCACCGCCUCGCCAUCCUCAGUCCCCGCAGAAUGUCCUUGCUGCCCCGCGGCUUCGAGCCCCAAGCUCCCGAGGACUUGGGGCAGCGGAGUUUGGCGGAGCUGCAGGAGAUGUUGAAGCGCCAGGGGAGACUUUUGCACAACGAAAAAUUCAUUUGCAAAUUGCCCGACAAAGGUAAAAAGAUCGUAGACACUGUUGCCAAACUGAAAGCUGCCAUUGCAGAACGUGAAGAGGUUAGAGGAAAAAGUGAACUGUUUCAUCCUGUUAGUUUAGACUGUAAGCUAAAGCAAAAAGCAACUGCAGUUGUUGAUGUGGACAAGGUCCACGAGCCUGACCAGAUACUUGAUACUUCCUCACUGGUUCCUGGCUGUUCCUCAGUAGAUUCCGUUAAAUCACCUGAAACAACCUCACAACAGGGACUUGUGCAUCUUACUCACAAAGGAGAGGAAGAGGCUCCAGAGGUUGAGCACACAGUGAAGCAGUGUCCAGCUUCUGGCAGCAGAGCCAGUACUCGUUCUUCAUCUGAAGUCCCUCAUCAUCUCCCUCAUUGUGUGUCAAAUAAAGCAGAAGAUCAGUCCAGCAACUCUGACAACCUGUCUGAUAAGUUACAAAGGAUCACAAUUGCAGACCCAGGUGAAGACCACUCAGGAGAAAACACAAGCACCCACAACUUGAUGGGCCUUUGUAGUGGGAAUCAAAAGAAGCCUCACUAUAUGGAAGUGCUAGAAAUUCGAGCCAGAAAUCCAGUGGCCCCAACACAUAAAUUUAAAACUAAUGUAUUACCUUCUCAACAAAAUGAUUCAUCUAAUUGUCAGAGAAGAGGGUCUCCUGUUUCCAUAGAAGAAAGACGACGCAGAGAUAGGAAGCAUCUUGAUGAUAUUACAGCAGCUCGACUUCUACCACUUCACCACAUGCCUGCACAGCUGCUCUCCAUAGAAGAAUCUUUGGCACUGCAAAAGCAGCAGAAACAGAAUUAUGAGGAGAUACAAGCCAAGCUCGCAGCACAAAAACUAGCUGAAAGACUGAAUAUUAAGAUGCAGAGCUAUAACCCAGAAGGGGAGUCUUCGAGGAAAUACCGAGAUGUAAGGGACGAAGAUGAUGGUCAGUCUUCUGAUGAUGAAUUCUGAAGAUGGGCAUUGGGAUAACCUCUAUAUCUCUCCCUGUUGAGAUGUUAUCAUCUUACAUCACUUUUCUAACAAGUAUCAAGAUUGAUGUCAGACAUUGUUGAAGGAGAGAAUUUUAUAAUGCUAUAUAAAGAUAGCUUUAAAAAAAUAGCCCAAUUUGUCUUUCAGAAGAGAACUUUCAUGUGCUUGUCAAGUUUAUUAUUUCAAUAUUGUGUUUAACCACAAUUGUAUUAAAGUUUUGCAGUAUGUUGUGUGUUGGUGUUAUAUUUUAGUAUAGUAGAGUACAUUUUUUUCUUUAAGCCAAAUGAAAGCAGGUAACUGCAUUUCCCCUUGUUUUCACUUCUUUCAAGCUGCCUUUCAGUGAAAUAUUUAUAGGCACCACCUAGAAGAAUUAGAAAGAUAUAGUUCCCUCCUAUUUUGAAUAAUGUGGGAGCAUUCUAGAGAAUUUUAUGCAUGUUUGUAUGGGAUUACAGAGGUACUGGACAUGAAAUAUAGGAAGACACUUACAGAAAACUGUUUAACAAAUAUUUGUUUCCUUUGUCUUCCCUUGGAAAGGAUGCUCUCUUCUGAUUAGGAAUAAAGAAUGCUUUUAGUAGAUGCUGGAGGAUGGGCAGUCUUUCAGAUGACUAAAUUUUCCCAGAGUAACAUAAGGUAGAGGAUGACAGAAGUAAGCAAAAGUAGUAGCUAUUCUAGUGUUAGGCGUGACUUGAAUUCGUCGAAUUUGUAACAGAUGAGAGGUACACUGACAGUACAUUAUAAGAUUGAUUAUAAGAUAGGUCAGCCAAAGCUGCUUAAAGCUAUAAUUGAUAAUUUAUAAAAAUACUGCUUUUCCCCCCUCAAAAGAGGCUUAUGGAGGCGGUAGAAACCUUAGUCUCCUAUAAAUACAUGUUUAUGUAAUUUAAAAGGAUUAUAUGGUUGUCUUCAGAGAAGUUAAUAUUUAUGUUAUCAAAGAUUUCUUUGUCCAGUAUGUUGGAGCUUUUAAAAGUGUUAAAAGAAUAAAACGUUAAUUAGAGCUACUUCAAAAUGUUAAUGAUUCUAUUUUACUAUCCCUUAAUUAAGCUUCUUACUUUAAAAUAGACUGUUCAUAUAUUAAAUUUGAAUGAAAAUACAUUUAGGUAAGAUGUACCUGUUAAAGACUCAGUUCUAGAUCAUCUAUUUCCAGGUGUAGCCACUGACUUCCUAUACCUCUUCCCCGGUCUCCAAAAUAAAAAGCAAAAUUAAAAGUAGGCUGAGCUAACAUUUUCUUGGAUUUUAGUUUUUAAAACUAGUGAGUUUCAUAAAAUUAUUUGAUGUUCUUUAUGGAAUGAAAUAGUAUUUUUGGAAAGUUGGAUAUAUCGAAGGUCUCACAGUCUCCUGUAAUCCUACCACCUAAAUCCAUCCUUCCACCCAGAAAGAGCUGCUGUUAGCUUUAGGUGUAUGUCCUUUAACUUUCCUGUGUAUAAUUCUAUAUUUAUAUUUUUUAAAUAAUGCACUCACUCGCACAUUGGUAUAGUCUGUUCUAUAGAUUGUAAACUUUUCCAUAUUAAAUAUUUUGCAUUUUAGAUAGCUGCAGAAAAUCCCAUUAUAAAUUAUAACCACAUAAUGGAAUAAUAUAGUAAGUAACAUAUAACUUACUAUAACAGGUGUAUGUAAGUUUUGAGGAUGUUGCUAUUCAUCUCUUACCUCAACAUAGUAUCUCUUUAUAUAGUCUAUAUAGUCUAUAGUCUGUAUAGCAAUAUAUCAAGCUCCUAGAAUUGAAAAUUAACAACUUAAAUCCUUUGCCAAUUGAAUAAUCACGGGCAAGGAUUGCGUUAAGAUUUGUAUUUGAUUACUUAGGGAAGAUUGAGGUUUUUUUAAUAUACAUUUUCCAUUUUUGUUCAUUUUGAACAUUGCUUAUUGCUUAUUCAUGAAUUUGCCAUUUUUAUUGGCUUAUAAAUUCUUUAUGAAUUAAGAUGUUUAUAUCUUUUUUUCAUGUGUUAUAUAUUUUUUGUGUGCCAUUUGUCUUUUAGUACAGUUUGUGUUUUGGUGUAGAGAAGGUUUUCUUUGGCAGUCCAACUUCAUAGGGGUGUGGAGCUUGCCUUCUGUAUCCCAAGGAUAGCUGCAUAACAUUAAUCCUUAUAUUCUUUUAGUAUUUUUUAAAAAACAUUUUUUUACCUCUUAAUUCAAAAGGUAAUUUCUAGUCCAUCUUAGAUUUAUUGGGGGUUUGGUAAGAGGUUUAAAAUUUAAAAUUAAACCUACCUCUUACUUUUUGUCUCUCAGAGGUAACUACUAUCCUGGCUUUAUGGUGAUACUUCCCCCUCUUUAAAAAGUGGUUCUAUCAGUUAUGUAUACAUAAACAUGCCUGCUUUUGACUUACAAAAAUGAAGUUAUACUUGACAUUGUGUCUGAUGCCUUCCACUUGAUAUUGCAUAUAAGAUUCAUGUUAUAUGUAGGUAUGCUGUAUUCAUUUUCAUUGCUGUGUAAUAUGCCAUUUCAUGAAUACCAGCUGUUUAGCUAUUCUACUGUGAUGGGUACUUGGAUAUUUUCACUUUUGGGUUCAGACUGCAAUGAGCAUGAUUUUCAUGUACAUAAACACAUUUCUGUAGGUUAAAUAAGGAGUUUGGUUGCUAUAUUACAAGGUAUGCGUAUCUUUAAUAUUUUAUAUACUCCUGCUCCCAUCCAACAUGUAAAUAAUACCGACACUUGGUAUUGCCAGACUUUUAGUCAGUGUGAUCUAUUUAUAGUUGACAGGUUUAAUUUUGUAUUCCCUUAAUUAGGAAUUGCAUUGAACAUCUUAUUUAUUGUUACUGGAUUAAUUCUUUUGAGAACUUCCCAUUGAAAUCUUUUGUCCAUUUUUUUGUUGUGUUAAUGUCUCACUGAUUUGUAGACUAUAUUCUUGGACAAUAAUCUAGUUACAUUUAUUGUCAGUAUCUUCUCCCUGUUUUACUUUGCAUUCUCUUCAUAGCUUUUAGUGAACAGAUUCUUAAUUUUAAUUGGAAGUAUAUCUUAUGUUUACUGUCUUAUUUUAAGGACUCUUACCUGAAGUCGUGAAGAUAUUUUCUUUUAGAAAUCUUUUUUGUUAAAAAUGCUUUGUAAUUUUGCCAUUUCCAUCAUGUCUGAUUCCUAUGUGAAGAAGGGUUUUUUGGAUGGCCACUUGUCAGGUACUAGUCAGUACAAUUUCUGCCAUCUGUUAAGCUUCUGAAUAUACCUGUGUAAGUUCCUAGGUUCUCUCUUUCAUUCCACUUAUCUGUUUUGGCUAAUAUUAUAACACUAUGGUAGCUGUGUACUAAGGCUGCAACAAUGCUUGCCAUCCUUUGCAAAUUUCCACUUAUUCUCAAAGAGAUGUUUGAUAUUUGUCAUUAAUUUCAGUUCUAAAACUCUGUACUUUGGAACUUUAGUGCAGUUUGGAAACUUGCCAGAUAUAAACUUAAGCAUACUUAUUCUUUCAAAUAAUAAGGGUUUUUAGCUUACAAGUUUAAGUUCAGAAAACUUAGUGUGAGUACCAGAGUAUUGUGUAUUUUUUAUUUAGAUUUAGCAAAUGAAUUUUUGAAAUACCAAACUUAGGUUUAAAAAUAGGAUGAUGGAGUAAAUGUGCACUCUUGAACUCAUUCACUUGUCAAGUGUUUUUAAAGCCCAAAUUCAGCCUUGAUUUGUGGCAUUUACAUGCAAGUGCUAAAGUUUGGGUCUUAACUUGAAACUGUGGAGGAAAUUAUGGGGAUUAAUCUCAUUAUACAAUAGUCAUCUAUAGAGUAAUAAUUUUUUUAAUUUUCAUAGGAUCUGUCUCUAGUCCAUGUCACAUUUCCUGGGGAGUCAGGAGCUGUGAGUUGAUAUGGAGGGUAGAUAGCUUUUGGAACCUAUUUCCUCAAAUUGGUAUGUUGAGAAGAUAGCUCAAGGUCACUAAUAAGCAGCCAAGAAAAGAACCCAGUGCUCAGGAUUUCUGGGCACUGGAUUACUUGGCCUUGCAUGUAAAUGCCACAAAUCAAGGCUGAAUUUGGGCUUUAAAAAGUGCUAAUGCUAGGCAAGAACUCAGGUUACUCUAGCGGUAUUUAUCAUUUCUGUUUGACUUACUGAUUAUUUGUGUGAUAGUUUUUGUAUUUCAAAUAUUUUGUUUUUAGAAUCACAUUAGAACUAUGUGACCGUAUAGGCCACUGCUAGAAUCUUCACCUCUCUCAUGAUAGUUGGCUACAUAAACUUUUCAGAAGAGACUCAAGGAAAGAUGAUACAGGUAUCAUAGGUUUUAGUCAGAGAAUGAAGUAAAAUCUGACAGUCACCUUUGUAGGCAGAAUAACAGUUUGAAACACUGAAAGUAAAAUUAUAAGGGAGGAGGGGAUGAUUCUCUGUAUAGGGAAAGUUGAGAGUGCAAGAGCUACAUAAAUAAAAGGAUCAUAUAUCCAGCCUUCUUUUUAUGGGGAGCACGUAGAGUCAUCUAAAAAAAUGUGGCAAAUUGCAUUAUUAACUAGCUUCUUGACAGGGAGGGGAAACUUAAAGCUAUUAUUUUAAUUUCUGGCUAAAGUGAGGAAGCUUUGAUAUUGGGCCGAUGAAAUAAACCUAGUGCUGGAUAAUACUGAACCAGAGCCAGACCACAAAUCAGAAGUGAUUCUGAAAGCACAGCAUAAAAGCUUGAACAAUUAAAUAUGAUCUAUUACUUCCCAGAUGAUUUUAGAAAAGUUGGAAUUAAAAAAAGGUGAAAAAGAGGGAAAGCCACUGGAAUAGCAUUAGAUGAUUAGAUUUAGGAUUUAAAUGCCACUAUUUCCUUUGAAUCCACUGGGAAGCCAUGUACUUUCAUGACUAAGACUGUAAGAUGAGGUCAGUGACCCCUUAUCUAAUGUAAGGAGUAUGUUUUGAGAGAACAACAUUUCAAAGUGGGCUUUAUAGAGCACUUUGAGGUCUAAAAGAGAUUCUGUAUGAAAACCGUAUUGUAACGAUGGUAACAAUUAUGAGUGAAGCAGUUUAAGGAGGUACCUUCUGGCAUGUGAAGUAAAAUCUUUAAAAUCACCACCAUAUGAACUUUUAAUUUAGUGUUAAAAUUAACUGAGAACAAUUGUGAAGUUCUUUAAAAAGGUAUUUUGACAAGGGGAAAUUAGGACACAAAGCUAAGGAGAGACCGUCAUAUGGAAGAAUUUCACAUUAUUGAAGCAAAAGAAUGAAAGUUGUAAAUCAAUCUGGUAUGCAGCUUUAUAUAGAAUUGCGCCUUUAAAAGAUGGAGACUCAGCUUGGUGCUUGUAAAUUUUGUCUGAAAAUAUUGCUAGUAAAUAUAUCAGUUCUUUUAAUCACUACCACAUAUAUGUGUAUUGAAUUAG